UAUUAAAUUUCAAAUAUUGCAACUUACUAAAAUAUGGCGGAUUCAUGUCAACAUUGAGGUUGCUAUAAGGAGUUUUAAAAGAGAGAAUUCGUUUAUUUAAACAGUGAUUUUAAAUUAUAGAAUUAAUUAAUUUAAAAAGAAAAUGGCAGGAAGAAGACGUGGAGGAGCGGCUAAACGUGGGAUUCAAACUAAUCCCAUGUCUCAACUUGGUUUAAUGGAUUUACCUGACCUUUCUGAUAUUUCAAAUAUCGGAAUUGAUGAUGAAGGUAGUGAUGGAAGUGAAGGUGAAGAAGGUUUAGAAGAUGAAUUAAUGGCACUGUUAUCAGGGAAAUCUCAACCAAGAGUACCUAAAAGGAAAAAACCACCCCCUGCGGCGCUGGUAGACAUUGACAAAAUAGCUGCCGAAUGCAUGAAGGACAUUGACAGUGUGGACGAAGAUGAUGAAAAUGCCUCGGGAGACGACGAAUUAAUGGCGGAACUCGAAGCAAUUUUACCGGACUCUGCUGCUCCAGAAAAAGAAAGUUUACCUCCAUCCCCACCAAAAUCAUCUCCAAAUUCUGUACUUGCUACUUUGGAUGAAAGACUAAAUCAAUAUAAAUUAGCUGAAAGUGCUGCUAAAUCUUUAGGGGAUAAUUUAAAGGCAAAAAGAUAUGGAAGAGGAAUAAAGACUUUGGAAGGUUUAAUUAAAUCUGCAAAAGCUGGCCGUGCUGUAAAUGAAGAAGAAAUUCCUCCACAAGUAGCCAUACCUAAGAAAAAAGAACCAGGUAAAAGUGAUGAUAUUUUUGUUUUAGUAAUAUAGUUAUUCAGCAUAUGG